AUGUGUUUGCAGAAAUAUAGAGUAUUGAGUGUAUCCUCAAAAUGGUUGCAAAGGGACGUUGGACAAGGUAUAAGUGACAGAACUAGGUUCGGUUGCCAUACACGGAACCCAGUCAGCUAUGCGCUUUGUCGCACGCAUUUGUUAACUUCAGCACGAUUGGUAUCAACGUCACCAUCAAACAACGGGGCAGUGUAUGAAGCCCCUCGCAGAUAUUACGCUACUAAGGGUACUGACUCCGCAACUGAUCGUUGGAGAGCGAGCAAACCCAACCCAACUCCAUUCGAUGUGCUUGGUUUAUCCCAUAAUGCAAGUGCUGCUGAGAUGAAGGAGCGUUACUAUGAGCUUGUCAAGCAAUAUCAUCCUGAUAAAGUUGGACAUAAUUCCCCCGCUGCUCUAGAUAGAUUUCGCAAUGUCGUUAAGGCAUAUGAAUUGCUUAGUAAUCCAAAACGUAAAGAACUUUAUCUUCGCUACGGAAUAGGCUGGAUUGAUACGUCUUUUAUGAAAGAUACCACGCGAAACAAUUCGUCCUACAAAAGUGCGCCAAGAUAUUCGCAUGUAAAUACGUGGGGUCAAGAAGAGACCGGUGACGGUAAGCCUAUAUUCAUAUCCAAUAUAUACUUUGCGGCCUUUUUAAUAGCAGCAGCGAUUUUCGCUUCAAUGUUCCAAUUCUUGCGAGCAGAGAACUCAGUAAACAGUAUUAGAUUAGCCCAAGAGAGACAUCAUUUGCAAGCUAGUAAGGACCUGGCAAGGGCAAGACAGCGGGGGAAAAAAUACGCUCGACAGAGGAAAGCUGCUUUGAUGUUAAUGUAUAAUCAAUCAAACGGAUAUAAAGACAAUAAUAAUAUAUGUAAUAGCGGGCGCAUCGUGAGUGAUGAUUUUAAAGUUUCCAUCAAUUCUUGA